UGUUCUUUUGGCUUUGUCCCCAGGGGGAGUGAAAAAGGGCUUUUUGGUUUUGAUUAAAAAAAAAAAAAAAAAAAGUUCAGAGAGGAGAGAGAGAGAGAGGAGGGGAGAGGAGUCCUUCCAGUUCUGGAUUACCCGAGGAAGGAAGGAAGGUGGGAGCUCCGCUCUGCACACAGCAGCCUGCUGGAUUACAAACUUGGAGCUUACAUGGGAGGACCGCCGCGGCCAUGAGUCAGCUACCCCGGCCCUCUGCACCGCUCUGAUCCGGGAAUACCGACCGACACACCGACCGAUACACCGGGAUCCGCCUGGGAGACAGUUGUCACAACUUCUGGCAGCCAUGAGUUCUGCUGGGGUGCUGACCUGCAUGCCAGACUCAGGACGAAUCUUCAGGGAGACUUCUAUACGCCCACCAGUGCCAGGCCAGGAGACCAAGAAUUAUAAGACCGAAAAAUUCAGUAUGGAGCCACAAUAUUUUGAGCAACAAAUGAAGCACAAGGAAGAGCCCCUUAGAGAGGCUGAAGGUUGUGUUGCCAACGACACUCGUUUCUCUCGGUGGGGCAGAUCCCUCAAUCUUUUGUUGGAUGAUCAAGAUGGUGCUACACUCUUUCGGAUGUAUCUGGAAGGGCAGGGCUUGGUGGAUCUUCUAAGCUUUUGGUUUGCAUGCAAUGGCUUUAGAGCCAUGGACCCAGCAGAACCCAAGACUUCAAAGACAGCCAAAGCCAUAUACCGUUGGUAUGUACAAAAUAGCCAGGCUGUUUCAGGACGUUUAAAGCCAGCUACAAGGGCCCAAGUGAAGGAAUGUGUUAAGAACCAACAGCUGAAUAGGACUUUGUUUGACCAAGCUCAGCAGGAGAUUCAGAGGGCCAUGGAGCAAGAGGCCUUUCCUUCCUUUUUGCAGUCUGACAUAUGCAAGGAAUACGCUCAUGCUGUGGAUAGUCCCACUCCGGAUAGCCCUGCGCCUGGUCUCCCUACUCUGACUGAGGAUGAGGAAUUUGGCGGGUUCCACCACUAUAACGUUGGUUCGGGAGGAAUGGGGAAACUAAACCGUGCCUUCACACGUUUGCCACCUAGAAACCAAAGAUCCCAUCUGCGGAAAACUGAACCAGCCUACCAGUACUAUGCCCCUGCAGCAAGUAUCAAUGACAGCGAGAUUUCAAGCGAUGCCCUAACAGAAGACAGCAUGUCUAUAACAGAUGGUAGUGUAGAUGGAAUUCCACCAUACCGCUCCAAAAAGCAAAGGGAAAUCCAUAGAAGUGUCAGUGCCAAUGGACAAGUGCCUCUGCCUUUUAUUCCUAGAACCUUGCGCCCACCAGCUGAAAUGAUGCCAACGAACCCUGCAGAAUUUGCUGCAAAACUAAUGCUAGCUUUGGAAAAAGUUAAAAAACAAAGAGACGCAGAAGAAAAGCUGGAAGAAAAGCUGCAGAGGUUGAAAGAGGAAGAAGAGAAAGCGGAAUAUGAUAUCCCUCCAUCUAACGACAACGUGCCAGCUGCUUCCUUUGAGGAUGACCCACAGUCUAUACUGGAUGACCACGUAUCAAGGGUCUUGAAGACGCCAGCAAAUCUGUCGCCUAGAUCUCAAUCCCCCUUCAUUCAAAGAAAAGCCAAAGGUCAAAGCUUAACUUCCUGUCACUUGAGGCCAAAAGCUCCCCCAGGAAUGGAGGCACCUGUCGCACAGAAUGUAGAGCAACGCAGUUCUGUGAGUUCCCAGGGUACAAAAAGUUUCAGAAAGCCAGAAGGCUGUGCAACGGCACAGAAGCCGGAGGAGGGUCAAUCCGCGGUUGGGCUGACCACUCCACUUUCUGCCGAGCAGGAAAUGGAACGCAGCCAUAGUGUCUUGCAGUGGGUUCUUGACAGUGCCAAACUGAUGAAGAAACAUAAUCGGGAUGCUACCACCAAUGUAAACCACUGCCCAGAGAUAAAGAGGACGACGCAUCGCACAGCAUCCCAGCCAGCGCAUCUGUUCCUGCAGGAUACCUCUAUGCCACCUCUUAAUGCUCCUAAUACCCUCGACCAGCUAGAAGAAGCCCGCAGACGCCUAGUUGAGGAAAAAAGAGUUCCAAAACUUCAUAAAAACAGGUGUGCGCCGUCUACAACGCUGAAAGAAAAAAGCAAAGCUGCUGAGAGUGUUUGCUCCUCUGGCUUCUCAACACUGAAAAUCUCUGAAGAGCUGAAGUCCGCUAAAAAGUUGAGCAACGAUCAAGUGCAAGGAGGUUUAGCGAUUGUUUACUACUUUUGUGGCGAAAGAAUCCCUUACAUGAUUCGAACGAAGGAGCCAAGCUUGACUUUGCAAGAAUUUAAAGAGCUGCUGAGCAAGAAGGGAAGCUACAAAUAUUACUUUAAAAAGGAGAGCCAGGAGUUUGAAUGCAACGCUGUAUUCCAAGAGAUCUCCGAGGAGGACGCCGUACUGCCACUCUACGAAGAAAAGAUUAUCUGCAAGGUGGAGAGAGCAUGUUGAAUGUACACUUGACACAAGUGAAUAGCAUCUUGGUGCGGCUUGUAGAAGUAAAGUCUUGCUGGACGAUGGGACAGUACAGCAAGGUGGAAAAAUGGAGAAGGACAAAAUGGAUAAAGCAAAGAUUUUAAGAGAUUGAACCAACUGGCAUGUGGAAGUAUAAAUGGAAUGCCUGCCUAGAGGAAGGGACAACGUUGUCCGUUGGGUUGUUGCGCAGGGAUGCAGUAUGUGAAACGGAAGCUUGUGAUCUUGUACUGUGGAUAACAUACCGAAUUCUGCUUUAACAAAAACGGAACUUUACGCGGAAGCAGGUUUUCCAGGUGCAAAAAGUGAAAAUGCUCACUUUCUGAAUGUUUAAGGCCACGAAGUAUAUUCAGGUACAUUUUAUGUACAUACUUCAGUGUAUUUAUAUAGCACAUAGCUCUUUUUUUUAUUUUAUUUUUAUUUAUGGACAGGAGGGGACUUUGCCAUAUAACAUAGAGCAUUGCCUGCUAUGUUGUGAAUUACCACUACAAAAUCCAACAUUGCAAGUCUAUGGAUAGUCAAACACCCUUACUACAGAACCUGAAGAGCUGAUCGUCAUUGGUCAGUUGUGUCUCAUGGAAUGAGGUCAGAACCUGGACCAUUCAGAGCAAAAAAAAGAAAAAAAAAUUCAACAUGCCAUCAGUUUGAAGAGUAAAAGCUUCCCUGUAUGUUCAGCUAAUGCUAAAUAUUGAUCUAUGGAUGACGGCUACUUCUAGGAGACACCUUUUUCUAUUUCUGGUCAUCAAGCUAUGCAAAACGGUUGAUCCAAAUGCUGCUAAUUCAGUUUGCUGGUGGCAUUCUUGUCUCGUUUGUAAAGCAAGAAUUCACAGCCAAUACUGAUCAGAGGGAUGUUGCCAUCUGACAUUUUUACUUUUAAGUCUAUUUUGAAAUACCUUUUUUAUAGCUGAAUUUUACAUUGUGGUACUAGUUUUUAAUAUAGAGGUAAACUGACCCUCUGUGUUUGCAAUCGGAGGGUCUCAUCAGUUUCUCCUUAGAUUUGUUCUGUUUUAGGAACAGAUUGGACUGUUUAUGUGUUUGUUUUUUUUUUUUUUUGUUUUUUUUACGAGAUUAGGAAUUUUUAUUUAUAUAAUUACAUUAAAAUACAACACAUAUUGCAGGACAGACAUUGAAUGGACAGAGAAGAAGAACACUUGUGUAGUGCAGAGCAGCAGCUUUCAUUGGGGGAAAUGGAAAUGUAGAUCCUCUCAGCCGCAGUUCCCAGGGUGCGCCGUGCCGAGUUGUCUUUUCAGCUCCUCAAUUUCCCUUAGAAGGUUCCGAAUCUUCUCACCAUGCAUCCGCAGGUCUCUGGGUUGCAGAAAUUCUCAGCCGUAUCUGUACCAGUCACAGGAAGUGGAUGGCGUGAAAUUUCUCCGGAAGGUUCUGCCCUCAUCGGUUGUGUCUGAGAAGUCAGAAUAUUUGGUUUUUCCGGUCCCUUUGAAGGCGGACUUUCUGGUAGGAGCCGUUUGAGACGCGGGCGGCUUGGCUGGUUUCCUGACAGGAGGGCCGUCUCCUUUCACCGGGACAAACUUCCUCUGCGACAUCAAUAAAGGAAACCGCAUCUUUCUUCCCAAGAGGUUGGAUUGUGGCUUUAAUGAGGUUUUCUGGGAGCUCAGGUUAGGUGGCGGCUGUAGAGCGGAACUUCCUGGCUUGGUGAGGAAAGAUUUGAUUCCAGUAGAUGGCGCUGUGGAUAUGUCAGGAGUCAGAUCUUGUACAAAGGUGGUGACAUUCUGCGUCGCCAAUCCUCCGCUGCUCAGAAUGCAGAGCUGUGUUGGAGCGCCGGGGAGCUUGGGUUGCAGAGCGCCAGACCGGGGCUUUGCCGCAGCAGCUUUCAGAGUCUUGAGGCCGCUCCCGACAAGCUUGCUCGGUGCCAUGAUCCCCGAUUUCUCCUCCAUGUUCUGCUUUGUGUUGCCCCCAUUAGGUCUUGGCAAGCCUGACCGGGCCAGUGGAGGUCUAAUACUUCCCCUAACAGGAAUACCCCUUUGUGGAAUUUUGGAAGUCAUUGGCUCCUUCGUUUGUCCUGUGGGAUUUUGGCACAGAGAUAGAGCCCGGCAGGGGGUAUACCAGUAGUUUGGAAGUAUGGCGCAGUUCCUUGUACCUCUUUGUUCUGUGGCUUGUGACCUUCAUUCCUGGGCGCCAUCAGUUUAGACUGCGUGCUUGCACAGUCUACUGUUGGAUCCUUGUGUGGAGGCACCAUCACACAGCCCAGGGACACAGUCGGAUUUUGCGGUUUAGCGUUCUGAAAGAGGAAAUUGUUAUACCCUGGGUUUUGAUGGUUUGAUACCAUAUCUUGGGUGGCAACGGUGACACAACCUUUUGAUACAAGCUCCCGAGUAGUAUUUUGGACGCAAACAUUAUGGUUAGAUACCAUCUUCUAAAUCGUAUUGGGGAUGCAAGUAUCUUGGUUUGAGACAAUCUCAUGAGUGGCAUUUACUCUGCCAUUGUCUUUAGUCACCAAAGCAAUUUGAUGAUCAUCUUUUUUUGGAUCCAGCAUGAAGGUCCCAUCAGAAUGCAUUUCGCAGGGCUCACUGUGAUCCUGUUGAGCGAAGUAUAUGGACAAAUAGAACUGAAGCCAUAGCGACUAAUUCUUAUACUCUGUUUUAAGGGUUUAUUUUUCUCCCUUAAUUAACUUAAAGGGUUUGAUUGCCUUCUGUACAUACUGUAAAAGCACAAAAACAUGCCUUUUAUUUAAGCAAUAAUAGAAAACUGGGCAUUUAGUAGGCAUUUUAAGCCUCUUGCAUAUUUAGAUGCCCUGUUUAAAGGCUGUACCUAACUUUCUCAUCCAGACCUAAAGGAUACACUUGUACCAGGUUGUCCAUCUAAAGUCCUGGCUGUAUCUAGACAAGAACACACGGCUUUAUUUACUAAAACCGAGAGUGCAAAAUCUGGUGCAAAGGGGACUCCAGGCCAUCAGGGACUGAGUUGGACAGCACUGGUGUAACAAAUGCUAGGUUCACACUUCUGUAUGCCGCUUUGGGUGCGGGAAUCACAGUUAUUUCUUCACCUACAGUGCAAACGCACUGCUUUGUAAAAUCGCAUGAUCAAAAAGACCAUGCCAUUUCCAUGCAGCCGUGUGUUUUUUUUUUUUUU